AUGGCAUCCAGUAAGAACUCACUCUCUGUACUAUUGAUGGCUUUCGUUCUCAUGGCUGUAGUAAGUGAAUUGGCAAAUGCAAGUUCGAUAACUUUAUACCGUUUAGGAGGUUGCAGCGGCGAAACUCGAACAUAUAGCAACUGUGGAUGCUCAAACCUUUUAUAUAUGGGUGGUUAUUCAUUUUCCUACACUGGUCAAACUGCUAGGCUGUAUAACACAGGGAAUUGUCUGGGUGGGAGCGUUGCUACUCUCAACGGCAAUGCCCGUCAAUGCAGCGGCGUUGGAUGGAGGAGUAUUAACAUCCAGUGUUAA